CUGCCAGGAAAGUCUGAGGUGCCAAGGUCUGCCCCAAGACUCCAGGCUCCAUCCCAGGGUCCAGGCCCCACCCCCUCAGUAGCUUAUCCCUAGCUGGGGCUCCCCCCAUGGGAACGGGGACCAGCUGGCCGGAAGCGCCAAACUGCGUCCCUGUCCAAGCCCCGGGGAUCAAUCAGGCCGAGGAGUUAAUUAUGUAAUGAGGGGGCAGGGGGUCGAGGCUAAUGAAGCCUGGCGGGGAGGGGAGAAGGGGAGGGUACCCAGGUAUCCGGCCCCCUCUUGUACCCCUUCCAGGCCCCAGGGGUCUCCACCCUAGCCCAACUCCAGGGCCCCAAAGAGGGAGGGGCUGUGAUCCUGGGUCUGGAAGGGGCUGAGCUGUGAGCUAUAAAGGGGGCAUCUCUCAGCACCAGGGGACUCUAGGCAGCGAGACCUGAGGCCAGACAGGACUACUCCAUGUAUCAUCCAAGAGAGUUGUACCCCUCCCUGGGGACUGGCUACCGCCUUGGGCCCCCCCAGCCAGUGACCGAUUCCAGCUUCCCGCCUGCCCUGGGAGAGGGCUACCGCUACCCUGAUUUGGACACUCCCAAAUUGGAUUGCUUCCUCUCUGGGAUUGAGGCUGCUCCUCGAACCCUGGCUGCUCCACCUCUGCCCCCUCUGCCCCCAGCCCUGGGCACUGAGCCGUCUCCUCCAGCCCCAGAGGCCCUUCAUUCACUCCCUGGAGUCAGCCUGAGCCUGGAGAACCAGGAGCUGUGGAAAGAGUUCAAUUCUGUGGGAACAGAGAUGAUCAUCACCAAAGCUGGGAGGCGCAUGUUCCCUGCUUGCCGAGUAUCAGUCACUGGCCUGGACCCCGAGGCCCGCUACCUGUUCCUCCUGGAUGUGGUGCCAGUGGACGGGGCUCGCUACCGUUGGCAGGGCCGGCGCUGGGAGCCCAGUGGCAAGGCAGAGCCUCGCCUGCCUGACCGUGUCUACAUUCACCCUGACUCUCCCGCGACUGGUGCGCACUGGAUGCGGCAGCCUGUGUCUUUCCAUCGUGUCAAGCUCACCAACAGCACACUGGACCCCCAUGGCCACCUGAUCUUGCACUCCAUGCACAAGUAUCAGCCCCGCGUACACCUAGUGCGGGCCACGCAGCUUUGCAGCCAACACUGGGGGGGCGUUGCCUCCUUCCGCUUCCCUGAGACCAUGUUCAUCUCCGUGACAGCCUACCAGAACCCGCGUAUCACACAGCUGAAGAUUGCAGCCAACCCCUUUGCUAAGGGUUUCCGGGAGAACGGCAGAAACUGUAAGAGGGAGCGAGAUGCCCGUGUUAAGAGAAAACUGCGGGGCCCAGAGCCAGUAGCCACAGAGGCCUAUGGGAGUGGAGAUCCACCAGGUGGUCCCUGCGAUUCCACACUGGGUGGGGAUGCUCGUGAGUCAGAUUCAGAGCACGCCCCAGCGUCCAGGGAAGCUGCCCCUGCCCCAGCUCCUCCAUGUGGUGGCUCCAGUGCCGAGGCCUACCUUCUGCACCCUGCUGCUUUCCAUGGGGCCCCCAGUCACCUUCCAACCAGGAACCCCAGCUUCCCUCAGGCUCCAGAUUCUGGGCACCCAGCCCCCUACUCAGCUGCAUUCCUAGAGCUGCAGUCUGGGCCAGGAGGCUCAGGAUACCCAGCAACUGCACACCCAGCACCCUUUGCCUCACAUUUCCUCCAAGGGGGCCCCUUGCCCUUACCCUACCCUGGGCCUGGGGCCUACCUGGAUGUGGGCUCCAAACCAAUGUACUGAGCCACUGCUAGGCGCCCUCUGCCUCCCUCCCUCCGUCUUCCAUCACAAAUUUCCAGUUCCCUUCCCCCAGGCUGUAGCCCCCUCACUUCCACUGACCCCAUCCCCCACACCAAAUGGCUGCCUUGGGCCUCUCCUCCACCCCACUUCACACUUUGACUUCAUUCCCACCCCCCUCUGGCUUCAAAGCUCUGGCUAAGCUGCUGGGAGUCCAGCUGGGGCCAGCUUCCCCUUCCAGGCUCUCACCUCAGUGUGAAUAGAGGGAGGCUCUGCCGGACCAAAUGGGGCCUUGGACCAGCACUACCAAAUCCUGGGCUUCACCCUUGUGCUUAGCUAGUCAUAUUGCCUUGCUCCAGUGCGAGCCACACCAGUCUGUUCUCAGAACCAGAGUACUUUUGUUAAUAAAACUCAAAAGAUAUCGGUGCUCUGGAAACAUUGGGCUAAUGGUGUUUGGCACUGGGAGGGACUGGGUGAGCAAAGGUUUUGUGGGGAGACCCUGGCCCCUGACCUAGACUUGCCAUUUCCAGCUGCUUGAUCUUGUGCGUGUAAAUCCACUUGCUCUGGGCCUGGUUACUCUUCAAGAAAAUGGGGGGAUCAAUGUCCUGACACUCACUGUUCUGAGAAUUAAACAGGGCCAUCUCCGAGAACCUGGCCCUUCACUUAGCACUCAGGAAGCCCUCAGGAGCAGUCAUUGUCAGUGGAUGGGGACCAGGAGGC